AUUAUUGGGAACAAGAAAGGGGCUUUCUAUUAACCGCAUAAAGGUUGUUUCAUACUACAAAUUUCAUCAUUCGGUCCAAUCAUCACGAGUCAAUUUGUAAAAAUAUAUAGUCAUGUCGGAACAGCAGGACACCACAUCGGAACACACAUCGAAGCGGGGCAACAACCCCAAGCACAGAGGCGGCUCAAAGAAGAAUAGUAGUACAGCCAACGGCGGUGGGCUCUCGCCUGAGCUUAAACAAAAAUUCCAGACUUUGACAGAGUUUUUCCCUGAUUGGACGUUCCAAGAUUUUGUGACAAUCCAGGAAGAGAUUGCCAACGUCGACAUAACUGAAAUAUCCGAAGGCAUAUUGACAGGGAAAAUCCAAAAAUGGGACCAGGUUGUCAAAAGGGACGAAAAAAAGAAGUCUCAGCAUACUGAAGAGCACCACGACGAGCCAUCGGCUCCUGCUCCUGUGCAGAUAGGAAAAAAGGCUCAUCAACAAAAUAGAUUUGUUGGUUCAAAGCCAAGACCAGUGCAUAAACAGAAAGACUUGACACCAGCCGCAUCUAAAGUGUCAAAACAGCCUGCUCCGUCUGCAACUGCCACCGCUCCAGCUCCUCAAACCGCCUCCUCUCUACCUAACCAAGGCUCUUCGUGGGCCAGUGCGCUAGCCCAGAAGCCUGCGAAGGCUGCAAAGGCGCCUGUGAAGGAAGAAGUGCCAUCUGAGCCCAAGCCCGCCGAAAAGCCUGCGGUGAAGAAAGAGGCCACCAAAGAGCAAACCAAGAAGAAAGAGCAUGUGCCAGCUCCAGCUUCCGAGUCCAAGCCUUUGAGCUGGGCUGCAGCCGUGGCGCCAAAGCCAAAGAUUGCAAAGAGACCGGCUCAGGAGGCCAAGAAGGAAGACACUGCUGUUUCAGCACAGGAGCCUGUGGCCGAAGAAAAACAAGCUUCUCCAGAAAUCGCUAGGGAAACCCCUGCCCUUAAGAACACUAAGAAACCUGUCCAGGCAGCUCCAGUGGUUCUUCCAUCCUCUGCCACCCAGGUGGGUUCGGUGGACGGUAUUUCUUUCGGAUCGAUGACUUUGAACGACAAAGAGGAAAAGGUCACAGAGCAGCAAGCACAGCCAGCACAACCAGCCCAACAGGUCCCACCAGCGCAGCCAGCUCAAACCGCUCAACCUUCCCAGAACCCUCAAAACACACAGUCUGAAUACAGCAAGAACUACAGAAACAACAGUCACUACAACAGCUACCAGCAAGCACAGCAGCAGGCACAGCAGCAGCAAAAGGCGUACGAUCCAUCCAACUACUACGGUGGACUCUCGGAUCUGAACAGCUACUUGCGUUCUCCAGGAGCCAACGGCCAGUCGUACGACCAACAGCAAUACCAGCAAUUAUUCAACCAGCAACAACAGCUCCUGCAGCAACAGCAGGCUCUUGCUAGCGCCAAUCCUGGCGAGAUGAAUCCACAGUCUUCGGUGGCUAACUCCAUGAACCAGCACUCGUCACAGGUCCCAGCCCAGCCUCAAGCACAAGCACAAGCUGCUGCCGCUGCUUCUCCAGUCGCUCCGGGAAUGAGCAACCCUAUGAUGGGAAUGCCAGCCUCCUACUACCCUUAUUUCAACUACUACCUUCCAUUUUACUCUCAACCUAAUCCUGCCGCCAACCAAUUCUAUAUGAACUACCAAGGGCAGCAGUCUCCAUCCCAGGCUGUUCCUCCACAGCAGAAUAGUUUUGGAAACAGCUUCCAGAACAAGGUUUAUGGCCACCAGCAAGCUGCUGCCAAUGGAGGCGAGGAUGAGAGCUCCAAGACUUCAGCAGGAGCACAGGGUGCUCAACAGCAGAUGAAUCCAGCAAUGUUGAUGCAACAGCAGUAUGCCCAGUACCAGCCACCAACCCCAGGAUCGCAAGCAGGUGCUCCGGGCUUGGCUGGUUCUCAGAUUGGUGGUGUGGCAGGUGCUGCUACCGGAGCCGGCGUGUCAAGCACUCAAGCUUACCCAUAUUAUCAAAACCAGUACCAGUAUCCGGGAGCUGGUGACUACGGAAACAACACCAAGGGCUGGUUUUAAUGGUGAAUCAAACUCAUAUUGUUCACUGACUGUGGGUGUAUAUAAAUGGUAAACAGAAUCGGUGUAGAGAUGCAAAAAUUUGCUCUCGGAGCGAUCUGUAAAGACAGGGUAACCACCA